AUGGAGAGCUUCUACACAAGGUUCAGUGCCUGGACACCACUUAGCAACAAGUCAUUAAACAGACAGCUCUUUCAGGAAAGAGUUGCUCUUAUAAGUCAUUGGUUUGACCUCUGGACUAAGAAGCAACAGCAAGAAUUCUUAUUCACGAUACUUUUGCGAUGUACUAAGUCACAAUUAAGGUUUGUCCAGGACCAGUUUUCAGAAAGGAUACAAGUGGCCAAAGUGGAUUUCUCCACGGUGUUACCACGCUUCAUUUCUCUCUACAUCUUUUCCUUUCUGAGCCCAAAAGAUCUGUGUGCAGCCGCACAAGUCAGCUGGCCCUGGAAGUUUUUAACUGAACAGGAUUGUUUAUGGAUGCCCAAAUGCAUCAAGUUUGGAUGGUUUCUGCCCUAUACUGCAACAGAGCACGAAUAUGGCGCUUGGAAGCACCACUACAUUGCUUGUGUGUCCAACUUAGACUGGCUGACGCCUAGGGAAGCCGCUGCUACUUACGGGACCCUGAAUGAACCCAAAGGAGAAGAUGAGGAGCUACAGGCGAGACAAAGAGAAAAGUGCCUAAGGAAAAUAAUCUGGGAGAAAAUUGCACUGCGCAAGAGGGAGUUAUUCCGAGUCCGACCUCCCUGGGUGAGUGGAACAGGCUGCUCUAGAUUUUUCGAAUCCCGAUGCCGUCCACGUCUCCCCGCGACUGUGAGGGAUCGAGUGGGAUUACGUGAAGCUUUGGAGAAGCAGCUUGUGUUGGCAUCCUUAGAAGCUUUGCCCAAGCGAAGUAAUGUUUCUGGAAGACAUUCCUACCCUUUAUUAUCAAAGAAAAAUUGGCGUGGAGUUUUUAAGAAUGAUGACAGCCCUUCACAUGCCUUCCAGACACACUUCAUAUUAAUAUCAUCUCGGAUUCCUGCAUAUGAGAUGGUGGUGGCCAGUGUUAGGGCAGGUGUCACUUCUGUGGUGUACGAACACAGUGGCGUAACCUUGGAGAGCAUGCUGCAGCUCAUAGACAAGGCUCUGGACGGGCAGAAGGCACAGAGUAUGGGAAUAUUUAGCGACGGGGAUAGCCGAGAAAUCAAUUUACUCCAAGGCUAUAAAAUUGGUAUUAAAAAUGUAUUGAAGCCUGACGUGAGAGACUUCUGGGAGAAAUUAGGAAGCUAUGUGGCCCCUGAAGGAGAAGGGGGUCACGUGGACCUCUUUGUGCCCCUUGGAGCAUCAGAGGCAGGCGUGGAAGUUCUCUCUCAGCUGUCUCAGCUAACCGGCACGUUAUUUACUGCCCCCGCUGGGAUCGCAACCGGCUCUUACCAGCACAUUCUUAGUGACUGGCUGGGACAACCACAGGAGAGGGCUCCCCCCUUCAUCUACUUCAGCGAAUCGAAGCUGCUGAUGUGGUCCAGCCUCACCGACUGCCUGGAAGACACCUUGAAGUCAGCGAGGAAACAGUUAAGCCCUCUCUUCAAGGAGCUGCAGAAGCACAUCAGCGGCAGGUUGAUAGGACAGUUUAUGUUUGACACCAUGACUAUGACUAACAUUCUGAAUAACCAAGAAAUUGCACAAGCUCUGGCAGAUGGAUUGACGGAGCUUUCAAAGGAAAAUCCUGAAAGAAACGUUCUGGAAGACAGUCCUCGGCGCGCAAAUCCCAGUCUCGGCAAAAAUGAUCCAAAUUUUGAGUUGCUGGUUCAGUUGGAGAGAAAGCUCCAGACGGACUCGGCAGUAAAGCGAACUCGAGUUGUCGGGGAACUCUUACAGAGUGAGAGAAAGUACGUGCAGAUGCUGGAGAUUGUGAGAGAUGUUUAUGUAACACCACUGAAAGCCGCAUUGUCCUCAAACAGAGCAAUUCUGAGUGCUGCAAACAUCCAGAUCAUUUUCUCUGAUAUUCUGCAGAUUUUAAGUCUCAACAGGCAGUUUCUAGGUAACCUGAGAGAUAGACUUCAGGAUUGGGGCCCAGCUCACUGUGUGGGAGAAAUAUUCAUAAAGUUUGGAAGCCAGUUGAACACAUAUACUAAUUUCUUCAACAAUUACCCUGUUGUUCUGAAAACCAUCGAGAAGUGCAGAGAGAUGAUACCAGCAUUCCGAGCUUUCCUGAAGAGGCAUGAUAAGACCGUGGUCACCAAAAUGCUGAGCCUGCCGGAGCUGCUCCUGUACCCAUCCCGAAGAUUCAAAGAGUACGUUCACCUUCUCUACGCUCUGAGGCUCCAUGUUCCUGCAGACCAUGCUGACCGUGGAGACUUGACCACUGCAAUUGACCAAAUAAAAAAAUAUAAAGGUUACAUAGAUCAGAUGAAGCAAAACAUCGAUAUGAAAGAUCAGCUGUCAGACAUACAGAGAACCAUCUGCGGGUGCCCUACUCUAUCAGAAGUAAACAGAUAUCUGAUCAGAGUCCAAGAUGUAGCCCAACUUCACUGCUGUGAGGAGGAAAUAAAUUUCUCUUUAAGGCGCUAUGAACAUACCCGCGAUCUGAGUCUUUUCCUCUUCAGUGAUGCACUACUUUUGUCUGGUCGGCGCACAUCACACGCUCCAUUUGAAAGGACUUCAAAAUCAACCUACCAGUUCAUUGCAUCAGUGGCCCUUCAUAGGUUACUCAUUGAAGAUAUUCCAGAUUCCAAAUGUAUCAAGAAUGCAUUUAUUCUUCAAGGUCCAAAACAUGAGUGGAUUUGUGCCACAGAAGCUGAGGAUGACAAGUUCCUAUGGUUGUCAGUACUCCAAAAUACAAUCAAACGUACCAUGGAAAAGUGAGACUUGAGUUUAACAUCAGGGCCGCCAAUUCUCCAGGCGA